UUUCCAACAAUUCUUUUUUUUGAAAGGCACUUUCCAACAAUUCUGUUUAAGCGGAGCGUGGUGGCUGGUGGGUGAUGCUCGCGAAAGCGAAGCACCACCACCCCACAAAGAAAAAGAAUAUCCCCAAUCCCACACUUCGAUCACCGCUCAAACCCUAGCUACCAAUCCCCGCAAUUCCUCCCCUGGCCCAGGUUCCUCCGUAGCUGGAUGCCCCCAACCUAGGCGGCGGCUCGGUGGCGUGUGUGCGUGCGCGGCCGCCGAUGGAGCCGCGCGUGGGUAACAAGUACCGCCUCGGCCGCAAGCUCGGCAGCGGCUCGUUCGGGGAGAUCUACCUCGGUACUAACGUGCAGACCAACGAGGAGGUCGCGAUUAAGCUUGAAAAUGUGAAGACAAAGCAUCCUCAGUUGCUGUAUGAGUCAAAGUUGUACAGAGUACUGCAGGGCGGAACUGGGAUUUCAAAUGUCAAGUGGUUUGGUGUUGAGGGUGACUACAAUGUUCUUGUUAUGGAUGUGUUGGGGCCAAGCCUUGAAGAUCUUUUCAGCUUUUGCAACAGAAAACUGUCGCUCAAAACUGUUCUGAUGCUUGCUGAUCAAAUGAUCAACCGAGUUGAAUUUAUACAUUCAAAGUCCUUCUUGCAUCGAGAUAUAAAGCCAGACAAUUUUCUCAUGGGCCUUGGAAAGAGAGCAAAUCAGGUAUAUAUGAUUGACUUUGGACUGGCAAAGAAAUAUAGGGACACGUCAACGCACCAGCACAUUCCAUACCGGGAGAACAAAAAUUUGACUGGGACAGCUCGAUAUGCGAGUGUAAGCACCCAUCUCGGAAUUGAACAAAGCAGAAGGGAUGACAUGGAGUCUCUUGGAUAUGUACUCAUGUACUUCUUGAGAGGAAGUCUCCCAUGGCAGGGUUUAAAAGCCGGUACGAAGAAACAAAAGUAUGAGAAAAUCAGCGAACGGAAGAUUGCCACUUCAAUUGAGGCUUUGUGUCGUGGAUACCCUUCUGAAUUUCAGUCAUUCUUCCAUUACUGCCGCGCACUGCGUUUUGAAGACAGUCCAGACUAUCAAUACCUGAAGAGAUUGUUCAGAGAUCUUUUUAUUCGAGAGGGAUUCCAGUUUGAUUAUGUUUUUGACUGGACCAUUCUUAAAUACCAGCAGUCACAAAUGACCAGUGCUCCACCACGUGCUAUUGCCGCUGCUGCAGGACAAAGCUCGGGGAUGGCUCCAAUUGCAAGUAAUAAUAGACUGUCAGCCACCGAAGAGGGAAGAAGAAGUGGGUGGUCAGAUGAUCCUACACGACGUCAAGUUCCACCUACAGGAAUAAAUGCAGGCAGCUUAGCGAAACAGAAGUCACCAGUUAGACCAGAUGUGUCCGCACCAAAGGAAGCUGUGUUGUCCAGUUCGACUUUUUUGGGUCGGUCGGGCGUGUCCUCAAGGCGACCUGCUGUUUGUAGUAGCCGAGAUUUGCCAAGCAGUGAGGCUGAACCAUCGCGUAGUCGUGCACCAGACGUGAGUCCAGGGACGUUCCAGAGAAACUCAGCCCCACGGAGGACCUCACAGACGCUUGACUACUCUGACCCCAGGCACAAGUCUAACAGCAACAACUACGAGUCCACUAUAAGGGGCAUCCGGGGCCUAAAUUUCAAUGCCAACGAUAGGAUCCACUACUAGUAUCUUCUGGAUCCUAAAAAGCAUGUAUAAUAUGUGAUCUGCUGAAGUUAAAGUGGGGAGUGAGGCCAUACUUUCCGAGCUACUCUCCUACCAUAGUACCAUGUGAUCCACAAGCUACGUGCUGGAGCGGUGAGGCAGUUUACUGACGCAAAGAAACGGGGGCUGGCUGGCAAAAUAAAGGGUCUGCGACAGCCAUGGCCCUAAAAUAGACGUUGGGCCUAUGUUUUAGCCUCUCUGUACAGGUUUUCUUUUGUGCGUUGAGAUGUUGCUUUCGUACUUUUCACAUAAUAUUAUGUUUUAAGAUAUUUACCUUACUGUCA